AUGGCCGCUACCACACCCACUUCUGUUUGGAUUGCGAUUGCAACUCUUCACUAUGCCUAUCCGGCUCUGACAUUCUUUUACUUCCUAUUCGCUCUCACGAUCACCGUUUGCAUGCUACAGACACAAUCUCUCCGAGUUCAAGAUGCCCAGGUUCGCCGCGAUGUCAUGCUUGGUUUGAUAUUUGCAGUUGCCGGAACAUAUCUUAUUGAGUCCGUCGCUGUUCUUGUCGAAGUUUUAUUUGACUCCAAUGAAUGGUAUCCGACGCAAGACCAUGUUGUCUACCUCAUCUCUUCCUUGAUUGCUUUUGGCAUCCAGGCUGUAGCACUGACCGACGCGAAAUUUCCAGUCUGGUACCCGUACUAUGGCACUUGGUUCAUCGGCAUAUGUGUCGAAAUCACGUUACUAGCACUCUCAAAUGUCUACUAUCCGCCAAAUUCGACUUUUAGCUACGCCAUUCUCCUUAUACAAUGCCUCCGAAUCGUAACUUUUAUUAUUCUGGUGUUGCUCUUCUUCGUCCUUCGUAACGAUACCAAAGAGUAUGACAACGCCGACGCAGAACAACAGUCUCUUCUAAGGAAUAAACUCGCUGGAAAACCCGGUAGCUCCGAAGAUUCGUCGAAAGGAUAUGGAACCUCCGGGACCACCACCGCCAUAAGCAAAGCAUCGUCACAGGAUUCAUGGGUUAUCAAACAAGCCAAGGCACAAGAAUUGGUUCAGAAGAGACUCAAGCAAGACGGAAACUGGUUUACUUAUGCAAAAGGCUUCGCUGUCUUUUUUCCACACGUCUGGCCUAUGCAUAACAAAGGGCUCCAAUUCCGUGCUCUGCUUGUAGCUGUUUGCCUUCUAGCAACCAAUGCACUUAACGUUCUAGUACCGAACCAAAUGGGAGUCAUGAUCGACAGUCUGACCAAAUAUACUGAAGGAGACCACGCUCGAAAUGUUUGGCUUCCCGUGGCGAUAUACAUUAUUUUUCGAUUUGUCAACAGUGGAGCGUGCGUUGGAUGGAUUCAAAAGUGGCUCUGGCUACCAGUCGAGCAGUACUCUUACGAUGCGCUCAGUACUGCGUCUCAUGCUCACAUUAUGACUUUGUCUUCCGAUUUCCACGACAGCAAAACCAGUUCAGAUCUAAUUCAAGCGGUACAGGGAGGAAGAUCAGUUGCAGACUUGUUGGAAACGGUGUGCUUUCAAGUCGUUCCAAUGUUCAUAGAUUUGGCCAUCGCCUUCGGAUACCUCUGGUCGAUAUUUGGUCCAUAUAUGGGCCUGAUGAUGGCUGCAACAGCGAGCACCUAUUUAUAUGUCACCACAAAACUAAUCAGCAUGAGAGCAGAGAAGCGUCGAAACUUCAUUGCAAUGAUGCGAAAAGAGUGGAGCGUCGGCUAUGCCUCACUGGACGGGUGGACUACUGCAAGCAUGUUCAAUAUGAUUCCAUACGAACAGGACAAAUACGCCGGUGCUGUCAAAGAUCACCUUGGAACAAAAUACCACUAUGAUAUGUCUGCUCAAUCAAUCAACGCUGCGCAAGGCCUUAUCAUGACAAUUGGUCUACUGGGAGCCUUAUGGCUGGGCGUAUAUCAAGUUGCCUUUGGUGGGCUGUCCGUUGGAAAAUUUACGACUUUGCUUGUAUAUUGGGCUCAACUCGCAGGCCCCUUGACAUUCUUCAGCAGCAUGUUUAAGAAUAUUUCUUACAGUUUAAUGGAUGCCGAAAAACUUCUCGAGUUGUUCCAAACCAAGCCAACCAUAACGGACUCGCCCAAUGCGAAGAUGUUGAAACUCGACAAGGGAGAAGUUAGAUUUGACAACGUCUCUUUCGCUUACGAUGAACGGAAGCCAACUUUGAAGAACGUCUCUUUCACCAUUCCGGCUGGUAAGACGGUUGCUCUUGUUGGUGAAACAGGUGGUGGCAAAUCUACAAUCCUGAAGUUGCUUGAUCGUUUUUAUGAUGUUAGUGGCGGCUCAAUCACAAUCGACAAUCAAGACAUCCGGAACGUGAAAUUGAGCAGUUUGAGAGAGAAUAUUGGCAUCGUGCCACAGGACCCAACACUUUUCAACAUGUCAAUCAUGGAGAAUAUUCGCUAUUCCCGACUUUCAGCCACGGAUGAAGAGGUCUAUGAUGCUUGCAAGGCUGCUGCGGUUCAUGACAAAAUCAUGACCUUCCCUGACGGCUACGAUUCUCAGGUCGGUAACAUGGGAGUGAAGCUAUCUGGAGGGGAAAAGCAACGUGUUGCAAUUGCUCGCGCCAUCUUGAAACAGCCCGAGAUUAUCUUACUUGAUGAGGCAACGAGUGCUGUAGAUACCGAAACCGAGCAUCUCAUUCAAGAAGGAUUCAGAACUUUGUGUCGCAACCGUACCACUUUCAUUGUUGCACACCGAUUAUCCACAAUCAUGAGGGCUGACCAAAUUCUAGUCGUCAUGGAUGGUGAGAUUGUGGAGGCCGGUUCACACCAAGAUUUGAUACACGCAAAAGGAAAAUAUCACAAUCUAUGGACAAAACAGAUCUUUGUCAAGCCAUCCGAUGAGAGAUCACGAUCACGAAGCCCGAAAAAGCAGGACGCGAGUAUAGUUAAUGAUUUAAGUCCUUCGAAGAAGACGGUAGAGCUGGGAAAGGUUCUGAACACGACUGAGCAUAAUUGUGAUCCGGCAGUUGAAGAAGAGACGAAGAAUAACGAUGGGAAAAAGAAAGAUUCAAGUCAUCAACGUGAGGGUUCGAAAUUGAAAGCUGAUGCGCCCGAGUUCGUUCCGUCUAGCCUCAAGACCGACGCCGCUGAAGGAACUUCCAAGAAAUAUACGCCAAAGGAAGCUGCAAAGGCUCAGAAGAAACUUGAAAAGGAAGAGAAGAAAGCUGCGAGCCUAAGAAAGAAAAUCGCAAAGAAAGCAAGAUUUCAAACGACGGAGAUCCAAGGAGAUACAGAAUCGAUCGUUGCAGAACACCGAGCUGAACAGUUGCCGAGCGUGGAAGAACCUGCUAUUGAAAUUUCAAAAUCCAAGCGUUCUAGGACGUCGAGAAGAACCACAUUUAAAAGCGAGCCUAACCGAGUUCAAAAUUCUCACGAUGGAGCUCAAGAUUCAGAUGCCCCUACUACUGGCUCAGGAGAAAGUCAAGCACUCUUACAACCCCCUCCAACACAAAAACGUCGCGUCUCUGCACCAAGCGAUCCUCCAACAAGCACUCAGGAAAUCCGAACCAACCGUUCUCGUCGGAUCCGCCACUGGAGAGUCAGGAAUCAUAGUGUUAAAGACUCAGGAUCGACCCUGGGCUCCGCACUUGCUUCGUACGAUCCGUCGACUGAUGAGAUGAGCUCGCUUGCUGCGCCGACGACGAGUCCUGCGGAUGAGGGUUCUGGGGUGGGGGCGGUGAGGUUUGCGGCUGGGAGUUGA